UUAAUAGUGAGUCAUAUGCUCGAUAACUAUGACUUUUUAGUAGAGUUCAUAUACAGUACUGUACUGUAAGUUAUGUUACAUAACAUUGAAUCUGUGAUAAUAUGUCUAUUAAAUGAGUAACCAUUGGAUUCAAUGAACUAAUGGUUUAGUCAAUCAGUUAUAUUAUAUUAAUAUAAAUAUAUAUUAUAUAACAUAUCUAUCUAUAAAUCAAAGCAUUGUAUUAUCACUUAUCAAGUGUUGAAUUGUAUGGACACAAGUGGACAACAUUUGAAAGCAUCGAUUGUCCGACGGGUCAUCACUUUUGCUCAGUCCAACUAAAACAACUCAAUUGAAAUACCUCUCAAAUGGAGUGCAGUUUACCAACCAAUACAUCGACGUUUGCCUCAAAGCGCUCCCCUCACUCUCCAUUGCCUAAACCAAUGGGCCCUAAGGAGGGCCCCACUAAAUCUCAAUUUCACGUCAACUUUAACACAGAAAAGAGUGAUUUGACGGACAGAAAGAAGAAGUAUUUGACGGCAAAGUAUGGACAACACCAGAUGAAUCUCAUUAAGAAAAGAUUAAGGGUUGAGAUGUGGAUGUAUGAACAGCUACAGGCGCUCUACAAUAUAUCCGAUGACUCCAAUGAUGUCGAAAUAGAUUUGGACGAACUCUUAGAUAUUGAAGAAGAUAUCGGAAGAAAGGAAUGGCUGAGAAACAAAAUAAUAGACGCCAAGCAAUCCAAAGACGUUGUCGAGUCGUUUAUUGUGGAACUGUUGGAAAAAGCGAAAACUCUCUAAUAAUGAAGAUUUUCUAAUUUAUUGAUAUAUUUAUUGGUUUUACGAACAAAUUUUUAGCUUAAAUUUAGAUUAUUUUUAUGCAAUCAUUUCAAAGUCGAAGUCAAACUAAAUGAUAAUCUAAAUGAGUUAAACAUUGGAUACAAUGAUCUCUUAUUUAGAAAUACAACAUACAAACAACUAGUCAUGCAUUUGGCACAUCACUAACAUAUUAAGCAUAUCUAAAGGCAAAUGAUUUUAAUAAUCUGAUCAAAGAAACCGAUUUUUACUCUAAAAUAGUGAUUAAAAAAGCAAAUGUUUCGACUUUGAGUGCCAUCGCAUCAAAACUUGAUUUAAAAGAUCAUAAAUUACUGUAAGAAAACCAAAGAAAGUAUAACAUUAUUCAUUACUUAGAUAUCAAUGGUUAAGAUAAUUAUUUAUUAGCUCUCUAUAGAUAUUAACAAAAUGAUUGCCAUUUGUAAUACUUUGCAUGUUUUGCUAAAUUAUUUUAUUUUACUAAAUAAGUUUUAAUUGUUUUUAUGCAUUUAAUACCCAAUUUUAAUGUUUUUCUCAUUUUUUUCCCUAACACUUGAUAUAUUACUAUUUAUUUUGAAACAAAGUUUAAUUUUUAUUGGGCCGAAAACUCAAAGAAGUUUAAUUGAAACCAAACGAAACAAAUAUGUAUAUAAUAAUUGCCUUUUUGUGCCAAUCAGUUGUUUAAUUGAGCAAAGAGUUUACCACUUGUUUUGGUUGCAAUCAAAAUAUGUUUCGACUCAAUAAAUUAGUUUUGGGAAAUGUUAUGUCAAAUAAAAUAUUGUUAUUGCAAUCAAUCGUUACAUUGUUUUGUGAUAUUUUAUUUUUUGAUUUUAUUAUAUCAGCAAUUGGUGUACAAACUUAGCGAAGCGUUAAUAACUCUUGCGAGUCGAGACAUACUUUUGUUUCAAAAUGUUUUGUAACUUAACUUUAAUUCACAAAUAAAAUAAUUAUUAAA